CAGCUGCGCUUGUGCGUGACGUCACACUGCGCUCUAUACCGACAAACCACGCAUUCAAUUAGCCCCAAAGUUCAGUCGUCAAUGUGGCGGGCUUUGGUUCAAUCUUCAUUGAGAGCAGUAGUCAUCGAGUGUGGUUCCCUCGGAGUCGAAUUCUCACCUUUUACGCUGACGAAGCAGCUAUUGCGACAUUCCAAGGCCAGCAAUCGGACCAUAGCCACCACCCCCAAUCGACCACCUUACAAAAUCAAAAUCAUGAGCGUGGAAAAGCCAAAGGUUGUCUUCGUUUUGGGAGGUCCCGGAGCCGGGAAAGGAACGCAGUGCUCCAAAAUAGUGGAUCGAUUCCAGUUCACGCACUUGUCGGCAGGUGAUCUCCUCCGAGAGGAGCGUUCGCGGGAGGGCUCCGAGUUCGGAAACCUCAUCGAGGAUUACAUUCGCAAUGGCAAAAUUGUACCCGUGGAGGUCACGUGUUCGCUGCUGGAAAACGCCAUGAAGGCGUCGGGAAAGUCGCGAUUCCUCAUUGAUGGCUUCCCCAGGAAUCAGGAUAAUCUGGACGGUUGGAACCGCCAGAUGUCCGAGAAGGUGGACAUGCAGUUCGUCCUGUUCUUCGACUGUAGCGAGGAUGUGUGCGUCCAUAGGUGUUUGGGUCGAGGGCAAAGCGGUUCCGGCCGGACGGACGACAACAUGGAGAGCCUAAAGAAGCGGAUCCAGACGUACAACAACGACUCGCUGCCCAUCAUCAAGUUCUUCGAAAGCGCGGGCCAGGUGAAAAAGAUUGAUGCCAGUCCGGAUGCGGAUCAGGUGUUUGGCGAGGUGGAACGGGUAUUCGUGGCCAGCGGCUUCUAGAUAUCAUCCUCAUUUUCCGGUCCUGUGUGUAGUUCUAUCUUUUCUCUUCAUUUGUACCCCUGCAAAUAUAUACGCUUGUUACUAAUAAUGCGAAAGGUACUUUUUCUCAUCCAAUAUAAACUACACUGAAAAAGUAUACACAAUUAGGGAAUGAGGUACAUAACUUUUUCAGUAUCUUGUAAAUUAAGGGGUGAUAAGCAAAAAGGAUUCUCAAGACAAAAUGGAUUUGUAAUAUUUUGUUGUAGAAAAUUAUGCCAAAAUUAUAGAUCAUUUAAAAAAGAAACUAAUAAAAUGGAACAACUGUCCACAUAUGCGUUAAAA